AACAAAAUUCUGGAAUGUAGGAAAAUACAAAAAGAGUGAGAGAGUGUCUAUACUAUAUUAUAAUGACGAUGAAUACGUAAGCGAAAAUAAAAGUAACAUCAUCGUGACGGUGUUUCUUUCCCCUGUGUGGUCAUUUCUCCGGAACAAGGCUAGGACAACCAUAGGGAGGUUGUUAAAAUGGGGUGGAUUUUUCUACAUAUGGGAAAAUGUAAAGUUCUUCGUGCGGUUUCAAAAUGGAAGGAAUAAGACAAAAACAAAAGGUGUGGAAGAGGCAGAGGAACAAAAUCAAGCCACUCUACUUAAGUUAGACCGAUGCAUUUUCCUUGAUCCGAUAAAGGAUAACCUAUCCAACAAACACAUGAUACAAAUAUGCAAAAAUUAUUUAACGAACAUGUUAUUUUAUGUGCACAAUUGGGGCUGCACUAAUGGGAGCGUAAAUUAUAAGGAGAGUAAAGAAAUAGCAAAAAUGAAAAAGCUGUUUAUUCACAAGGUUAACAAUUUAAAGGCUUUCAAUACAGAAAAUAAUCUCUACAUCAGUGAUGAUUCUUUAAUAAAAAAAAUUAUGAUUCGAGACAGCAGGGACACACACCAUCAUUAUCACAGAAACGAAAUGAAGGAGGCCAGUAAUUUUUGCAAAAUAAGGAAGUACGAGCAAGAGUGUGUGAAGGCGUACUACAUCCCAAAUGGGAACUCUUUAAGGAGUAACAACAACGGAGAGUAUAUUUGUAUGCACUACAAGAACAGACAUCAGUUAAUACUUCGUGUGAUUAUUAAUCGUCUUGGAAAAUUUUACUUUUUCGUUUUUUUUACAUCCUUUUUGCUACAACAGACAUAUCAUUUUAGGACAAAUAAUUAUACGUACUUUGCUCUUAGUUUUUUCGUCCUCUUCGUCUUUUCUGCAUUGAAAGAUAUUCACACGAUAGCUCAGAGGAUUGCCACUGAGCGGGGGGUUAACGCUAAGACGUGCAGGCGGGUCACUCCUGUUGGCUUGGUUGAUAUUCCUUGCACUGAGGUCAAGGUGGGUGACGUACUCUACCUAGAAGAAAACGACGAAAGCCCCGCAGACCUGAUUCUCCUAAAGUGCAACCACGAUGACGUGUACGUGUGUUCAAAAAAUCUGGACGGAAAGACGGACCUUAAAAUGAAGAAGAGCAUUUUGCUUACGUCUUACUUACCAAAUAUAUAUGACCUGUUCAGGUUAAAAAUAAAAGUGAUGAUUGAAAAACCGCAUAAACGGUUGGACAAAAUGAACGGCUUGUUUAUUCUUACUAAUUAUCAUUCCUUUGUUAAGUGUAUGUACAACGAUUUGGUAUCUUUGCAAAACACAUUUUUCAAAAGUGACACUGCCAAGUUUCAUCAUGUGAGCGAAGUUUUUAAUUAUGUCAUUGAAGACACCUAUAUUGAGAAGACGUACAAAUGUGUGGAUUUUCUCAUACGGAGGUCUGCACUCCCUUUUGGGGAACCAUCUGUGGGGAGCGCCUAUACAAGUCCGCCACUCCAGGGGGGUAAAAUUUCCCCCACCGGAGGGGUAAUCCCCACUGGAGGAGUAAUCCCAACUGGAGGGGUAAUCCCAACUGGAAAGGCUACCCAUCCUGGCUACGUCUCCAGUAACGAAUUGUUCAAGGGAGGAAGCGGACAACAGGAUAUCCAUUUCGAAAGAUACAUCAGUAAGUUCCUGUCUCAAAGUUCAUUACCUAUCGUACGUGAUGAAAAUGAAGAAAACUACAAAGAGCAAAUUGGAGCAGAAAAUAUCAUCUGGUGUGGUAGCAAGAUAGUGAGGGGGAAAAUAUAUGGCCUCGUCGCUUACGCAGGGGCAGAUAAAAAAACAAGCAUUAUACUGAGUAGGGGAAAAAAUAUAUCAGAUGGGGAGUGUAAAGCCAAAUGGAGAGCAUUGCAGGUGUGGCUAAUCCUGGUAUUAAUCAUAUGUCUGUACUUAUGGUUACAAGAAGAAGGUCCAUUUGGAAGAAGCGCCUUGAUAAAAUUUGUCAGUUACUUCCUGCUGCUACUCCCAUACACGCCCUACGUCAAUAACAUGUACGUCUACUUAAUGAGCAGAAUUUCGUUUCAUAUUGAUGUCUUAAAUUACACCACGGACAAAUCGAACAAAAUGUUUUUAACCCUUCUGUGCAUGCUAUUUUGCAAUGUAACAAUGGUUAGCAGAAAAGGGGUACUAAAAAAAAAUGAAAAAAAACGCACACUACAUUCAAAGUGGGAUUCCAUUUACUCCCCAUGCCUGGAGGAAAACGUUUUCAUAAACUUCGUGAAGUCUUGCGGAAUGGACAUUUUUAAAAAAGAUGCUUCCAAAAUUGCCGUUGGAAUUUUAACUCCCACGAUUAUACACAACGAAAAAGGGGAAAACAAAACACACAGUUUGAGUAAAAAUAGCAGGGCCAGAGGGAAGGAGAAAAAUGUGCGCAAUAACUCGAAUGAACACUCUUCGGAGGGGAGGAAAAAAAAAAAAAAUUAUGAACAGGUCAGGAAAAAAUGUUGGCAUUUUAAAAACUCACUACAGAAUGGCGGCAUUUUUAAAUUGUCCAACGUGGCGGAAAAGGUAGACAGGGGCGAGGCGAAAUGUGAGCGAUUCCGUGUGUGUAAUAACGAGUGGGAGGAACUCCCAGGCAGUAGCAGUAGUAGGGAUAGCGGCAGCAGAGGCGAGUUCAGCAGCGACUGUGGGAAUAGCCGCGCAGCGAGAAAUGGCCGACACGGUCACUGCCGCCCAGGCAGUGGGGACCAAAAGGGAAAAAAGAAAAAGGUGAAGACAUACAACUUUGAAGUCAUAGAAGGACUGUCCCUAGACUGUAAUGACCAAGUCAUAUGCACCCUCAUCUCGUAUAAUGAAAAAAUAUUCAAUCUGGUUAAGGGGCCUGGUGAAAAAAUUGCUAACAUGUUGACUUGUGAAAGGGGAAAAAAGAAACUGAGGUCGAUUUUAAGGUCCUUUUUUGCCAAAGGCUUUCGCGUAGUUGUUUUUGCCUACAGGGAAGUUGCUCAGAACGAAUUAGAUGAAUACAAAAGGGUUAGCAACGAAGAUGAAAAGAAUUUUUUUUUUAAAAAUGUGUUCGCUAAAAAUGUAUAUGUGCUAGCCAUUGCGACGCUGAAGGAAGAUAUCCACAAAUAUACAAGAAAGUGUCUAGAUUUGUUCAAAAGAGCGAAAAUAAAAACGUGGAUUCUGUCUGGGGAGAAGAAGGACAGUGUUAUAGCUACCUCCACAUCUUUACAUCUGCUUAACGAAAGGAAUUACGUUUGUCACCUGAGUAGGAGAAGACUCACACGGUUGGUACGGAACAGAAUGGGGACAUUCAAUACGUUCGAGAGUAGUCCCCUAUCAGGUAUCUACACCAACUGUGCUUUCCCCUUGGGGGCACCAUCUCCCAGUGGGGGGAUAACUCUCCGAAGGGGGACGUUACCCGUGUGCAGCAUCUGCAGUGAAGACUGUGGCGGAUGCGAUCACGACGACUAUAUGAUUCAAAAGAAUGGAAGUUCACACAAAUUGGUUCAACCCAGAUCUGAUGCGAUCCACGAAACAUGCGCUUCCAACGGAUGGGUUAACACGGGUGUCGAUACUAGCGAGGUGGAUAACAACGAAACCGUAAAUUGCUUUGAAGCCGAAUUGGAGCGUACCCUACAGACCUGUGGGGACACAAACACUGAUUUUUUCCAUCCCCCAGUUGGGAAAGUCCUACCCAAAAGGGUGACUAAAAUGAUUUCACUACAAAAGGAUGGUGCUUUAAAAAAUGCACUGAGCGAAAUGCUGCACCUGUUUAGCUGCCCCUUUAGGAGGGAAGAGAAAAAAGGGAAGCUUGACGGGGAAUGCCAAGGGGGGAACAUCCAGUUCGAUGAGGAAAGGCCAGCUGACAUGCAAAACGAAGAAUACCUCGGUCGAAGGAAAGAUACACAAAGGAAACUCCGUAAGGUUCCCCCCUCGCACAACCGUGUGUACAUCAUCAAGGGUGACAUAAUUGACUACUACUUAAAACACGGGAAGAAGGAAUUCAUAAGGGCACUAACCCAAUCUCGGUGUGCCCUCUUCUACGACUGCAAUUCUAUCCAAAAGGGGAAGAUAGCCAAAUGUGUGCGCAGUGCAGCAGGUGGAAAAUAUGGAAGCGGCAUUUUAUGCUCAGUAGGAAACCAUGCAAAGGACUUAAACCUGUUUAAUGAGUCAGAUAUAGCUAUCCGGGUGAAUAAGCAUAGCGGCACUAAUGUGAGCAACCUCUACGCAGAUAUCGAGGUGCAAUCAUUUGAAGACCUUGGGUGUAUAUUUUUUUUAUAUGGUUACAGAAUUAGUCAGAAUGUUCAUUCCUUCUUUGUGGCUAGCUAUUACAGGGGAUUUACAAUCCUAUUUCUACAAUUUUUUUUUUCUUACUUUUUCGCUAGUUGGUUAUCUAUCUUGUCCAACAUUUGCCUGCUCACCUUUUUCACCUUUUUGUUCAUCAUCACAUUUGUGAUGACUGCCACUUCGAAGAAUGAUGAUGCGUGGGUAGGGUACUCUGGUGGGGCUAACUACCAUCUGUUGCGGAGAAAUGCAGUGCGUAUGGGGGCUUUACAACGAAGGUUGUUUUCCCUAAAAUGGCUUUGUGUUGCGAUGUGGGUGGCACUGUACCAAGCCUUUGUCCUGUUCAUGCGGGGUUAUUGCGCGCACUACGGGUGGGGAGGUCUCCCCGGUUGUGCUAAUCCCCUAGACCGCCGCCCCACCCUACGAGAUCACCGCUACCUCCUCGGCAUGCAUAACGAAAUGUACGUGUUUCCUCCCUUAUUCAUCACACACCUGUUGCACAGUCUCCUUUUCCUUCCUGCCGGAAAACGAAAUUCUUAUUUCCUCCCCCUUGUAGCCCUAUUCAUUUUAUUUUUAAUCGCCUACAAAAUGGUAUUAAGCACACUACAUCACUCUCACUUGGCAUAUUUUUUCAAAUUUGAUUUCGCCUUUUGUUUAUACACUGCUGUCACUGUUGGUAUUGUUAAUGCGCCGCUUGUUAUAUAUUAUGUGUUUUUAAAAUGCACAGAGGGAGGGGCGAAGGCGGC